AUGAACAGGAUUUUCGGACGGGGAAAGCCGAAUGCUCCGCCUCCAAAUUUGUCGGACUGUAUCGGAAAUGUGGAUGCCAGGGCUGAGUCUAUUGAUAAGAAGAUUAGCAGACUAGACAACGAACUGAUCAAAUACAAGGAUCAGCUUAAAAAGAUGAGGGAGGGGCCUGCAAAGAAUACGGUCAAACAAAAGGCAAUGCGAGUCCUCAAGCAGAAAAGAAUGUAUGAAGGGCAAAGGGAACAGCUUUCUCAACAGUCCUUCAAUAUGGAGCAAGCAAAUUAUACAAUUCAGACACUCAAGGACACAAAAACAACAGUGGAGGCCAUGAAGAUUGGAGCUAAAGAGAUGAAAAGGGCUUACAAAGACGUGAAAAUAGAUCAAAUCGAUGAUUUGCAGGACCAAUUAGAGGACAUGAUGGAAGAUGCCAAUGAGGUUCAAGAAGCCCUCAGCCGCAGCUACGGCACUCCGGAAAUCGACGAGGAUGAUCUAGAAGCCGAGCUGGAUGCCCUGGGAGAUGAAUUAUUGUUGGAUGAUGAUAGUUCUUACCUGGAUGAAGCCACAUCUGCUCCAGCUAUUCCUGAGGGUAUUCCUAGUGACAGUAAAACAAAUAAGGAUGGUGUUUUGGUGGACGAGUUUGGCCUGCCUCAGAUACCAGCCUCGUAA